AGAUUGAGUCGACAUGAUUCCACACGUCCUCACACACCUGCUCUGCCUGCUGUGUGUGUGUUCAGCUCGGCCUCCAUCAGCUCCUCCUGGCUCCCCCGGGCUGCAGAAGAACUCUCCUGCGUCCGGCUCUCUGGCGGGGCGGGUGGUGCUGCCGUGCCACUUCCCCAUCACGCUCGACUCUACACGCGCUCCCUCGCACGCCACGCUGCCUCCCACCACCGCUCCUCCUCGCUCCACGUCCAACCCCAAGGACGAGGUGAGGAUCAAGUGGAUGAAGCUGGAGGAGGCGGGGGGGGAGAAGGUGGUGCUGGUGGCGCAGGGCGGCGUGGUGAAGGUGGGGAAGGAGUUCCAGAGCCGGGUGUCGGUGCCGAGCCACCCGCUGUCGGUGGGAGACGCCUCCCUCAUCAUGGUGCGUCUGCGGGCGAGCGACGCCGGGCUGUACCGCUGCGAGGUGAUGCACGGGAUGGAGGACAUGCAGGACACCGUCAGCCUCAGCGUCGCUGGCGUGGUGUUUCACUACAGAGCCAGCACCAGCCGCUACACUCUCGACUUUCCCGCCGCCGUGAGGGCGUGUCACGACGCCGUGCCGACAUCGCUGAACCGCGAACAGCUGACGGCCGCUUUCGAGGACGGCCUGGACCAAUGUGACGCAGGCUGGCUCGCCGACCAGUCAGUCAGGUGAAUACCAAUCACGGUGCCCCGUCUCGGCUGUUUGGGUAAUCUGGAGAGCAGAGCGGGCGUGAGAACGUACGGCGUCCGUGACCCCACGGAACAAUACGAUGUGUACUGCUACGUGGACAAACUACGAGGUGAGGUCUUCUACGCCGACCUCAGAGAGAAGGUCGUCUUCCAGCAGGCGUCCGCGGAGUGUCAAAACAACGCCGUGUUGGCGGCGCCCGGUCAGCUGUACGCGGCCUGGAGGGCGGGGCUUAGCCGCUGCGACUACGGCUGGCUCUCCGACGGCAGCGCCCGCUACCCCAUCACCGUCCCGAAGCCUCAGUGUGGAGGAGGCCUGCUGGGGGUCCGCACGCUCUACAAGCACAAGAACCAGACCGGCUACCCGGACAAAACGGACAAACACGGCGUGUUCUGCUUCAAAGGUGAGACGGAAAAACACACGACCGUGCAGUUUAUCGUUUUGAUGUUUCAUAACAAAGUAGAGAGGCAGGAGGAGUUUGAAUUUCUCUCCCUGAAAGUGAAGUAG